UUUCUCAGCAAUUGUUCAGGCAUGUGGCAGUCGCGCUGCGAUUUCGUUUUAGUUUAUGAAUGGCAUUCGUCGAAUAAAGCGUGAAGCCAGAAUGAAGAUGUGGGGGAUCGUCCAGGGCUUCAAGACGCUGCUGAUCUUGCUUAUGCUGACAAAGCCGAUACUUGGAUAUGAGCCUGAGCCCGAAGUGGAACUGGAGCUGGAAGCUCUCACUUGCCCAGGCAAAUGCGUCUGUCAGCUGGAGGCAUUCAAAGAGCUGCCCAUUGCUCGCUGGGUUAAUCACAUGGCCGGGAGGAAUGUGGAUGAUGGCACGCCCACGAAACUAGCCACUUGCCUGAUUCAGUCCCAAAACGAGUGGCACGAACUUAGGCAUUAUUUGCCAAUGGAUUUGCAGGCACUAAUAUUGCUCUACACGGGCAAUGUGGAGAAUCAACUGGCAGUAAAUACCAGCAGUUUGCGGCAACUGAAGCAGCUAAGAACUUUGGAAAUUCGUGGCACAGGAGCUACUCUGAUCAUCGAUGAUCCGCUGAAGUUUCUGCAGCAUGCCAACUUUGAGCAGAUCCGAUUGCAGGCAAGCGAUCGGCUGCAGCGUCCAAAGUUCUCGAAGCUACCCAGUGACGACUAUGAGUAUAAGCCGCCCAGUGAGCUGCUGCCAUCCAGUGAAUAUUCCACCAAGUAUCCGCUUCAGUUCGAGGAUGCCGCCUCUGACAUUGUCACCUAUGAGCAGCACAUGCAACGACUCAAGCAGACCAGAAUGCCCAGCUUUUUUGGCUGGAAGAGACUGGAGGUGCUUCGUAUCGUGGGCUGUAAGCUGGAUAAACUGCACUGGCAAAUGUUCGAUGGGCUAAAUCAACUGAGGGACCUCAAUCUGGAGCGGAAUAGCAUUGAGGAGUUGCCACCGUUCGCCUUCUCGGGUGCCCUCAACCUGAAGAGUCUCUCCUUGGCACACAACGGCCUAAGUCGAUUGCAUUAUCUGGGUCUAGCUGGCCUGCUGCAACUGGAGACGCUCAAUUUAGCGGAUAAUCAACUGGAGCGUCUGAGUGAAUUGAGUUUUCCGCCCUUGCCAAAGUUACAGAAGGCAGAUCUGCGCAGCAAUCCUGUCAAGUACAUCCUGCCUGGCACAUUUUGGGUAAUGAACGAUACGAGGGAGCUACAAAUGGGCAGCGACCAGGCGGCUUUGGAUCUGCGCACUUGGUUUAUUUACGGACAAUUUGAUUCCCUCAACGAACUGCGCACGCUUGUGCUUGGCAAUGUUUCCACUGAAACUCUAGAACAGGGAGUGUUUAAGGGUCUUUAUAAUUUGGAGUUUCUUAAGCUGCGUGGAAAAAUCCACAGCAUACAGUUCGAUGUCUUUGCGGGCAUGGAACAACUCAGGGAGCUGGACAUUAGUCAGUGUGGUGUAUCAGAACUCUCCAUGGAUGCAUUCAUGGGCGUGAAGCGAUUGAAAUUUCUCAACCUGAGCCACAACAAUCUGACAAACAUGCCCCAUGGCUUGCUGGAUGAUCAGCAGCGGCUUGAGGAAGUUCAGCUGCAGGGUAAUCAAUUGAAAACUUUGCCUGAGAGUUUUCUCCGCCUGCCACUUGUUCGCGUGAUUCGUCUCGAUCAGAAUCCGUGGCAAUGCAGCUGCCAGAUGCGUUACUGGAAACCCUACUUGACCAAUGUGGUGCGGGGACUCAGUGUGAAGAGAUGCGUGAAGGACAUAAAUGGCGAUCCCAUUUCGUGUAGAUUCGAGGCACCCUAUGAGACGGACAAGAGUCUUGUGCCACGCUGCGCCAACUAUAAUGGACGCAGUGUCUACUACGUGCUGCGCAAGCAACUCCAUUGUGGCGACAUACAAAUCCUUCAGCCGCAUAAAAGAGGUCUGCCGCUGCCCCACUGGCGUAAGAUCGAGCUGCAGGACCAGGACCAGCAGUCCAAAAAGGCAAGGCCCAGGAAAGUAGCACAAAAGCCUAAAAAGCAACGCAACACUUUGCAGUUUGUGCUGCAGCGACAGAAAGAGCAGCCACACCCGGAGCCGCUCGUGUUAGAGAUGUCCAAUGAGAUUUAACUCAUACUCUUAGGUUAGCUUUAAGAUUACGUUGAACUUGAAUAUGUAAUAAAUGUAAUAAUAUUGUAAC